AUGUCCGCCAACCGGGCCGUCUGGCGCCACGGCCCCUCGUCCCGCAGAAGACGAGCAGCCGCCGCCGACACAAAUAUGUACGACGACGAGGAAUCGCUGGCGGGCACCUACCGGUGCGUCGUCGAGACGUUCAACGUCCACUGCGAGGACUGCAGGCGAUACCUGGGGAAGGGAGUCUCCCGGAACCCGUGCGAUGGGUGCAAGUAUAACCAGAGCAACUGGGCCUGCGAUACGUGGUUCCUGUCGGAGAGGCAGGAUAGUUUCGUCUCUGCAUGGCGUUGCUACUAUUGCGUUUCGGACGCCUUGCAGAUACUGAUGACAUCCGAAGGGUGA